GGGGAAGCAUAGGAGGAAAAAACAGAGCUUGAACAGAGGAAGAACAAAAUGGGUGAAGUUAUUGAAAUAGGUUCCACUCCGAUAACGUCGAGGGGAGCCUCCGUGGCGCCGACGCCGCCCAUUUCAACUCCUCCGUCACAGUACCAUUCCCCUUCUCUUUCUCGGUCACCACUGCUCUCCUCCAUCGAUCAUAUCCAACCUGCAAAUGCGAGCAAAACCCCUUUAAGCUCCACCCUCAAAACCUUAACUCCGAAUAUCAGAACACCAAGGUUUCUUACUCCCCUGGGAAGCCCCCUCAUAAGGGCUCUUCAUCUCACUAAGCUUGAUCCUCAGGAUGCUUGGCUUCCGAUCACCGAGUCCCGGAACGGAAACGCCUACUAUGCAGCGUUUCAUACACUCUGUUCUGGAAUUGGUAUCCAAGCCCUGAUUCUCCCUGUUGCCUUCACCAUUCUUGGCUGGACUUGGGGAAUCAUAAAUUUGACAGUAGCUUUCAUCUGGCAACUUUACACCCUCUACAUCUUGGUGCAACUCCAUGAAUCUACGGAAACCGGCAUGCGUUACAGCAGAUACCUUCAGCUUUGCACUGCAACUUUUGGGGAGAAGUUAGCAAAAUGGCUAGCCCUCUUUCCUAUCAUGUACCUAUCAGGGGGCACAUGCGUGGCUCUCAUCAUCAUCGGAGGCUCCACUUCAAAGAUGUUCUUCAACAUUGUAUGCGGCGGCACGUGCUCCGCUCAGCCACCAACCACCGUGGAAUGGUACUUGAUAUUUACUUCUGCGGCGGUUCUGCUUUCUCAACUGCCCAACUUGAACUCCAUUGCUGGUGUGUCACUAAUCGGUGCCAUCACGGCUCUGGCGUAUUGUACCCUUAUUUGGGUUAUUUCGGUCGCCAAGGGAACACUCCCCGGAAUAUCAUACAAUCCAGUGAAAGGGAAUACAGAGAUCAUCAGGAUUUUUGAUGUUCUUAACGCACUUGGGAUCAUUGCCUUUGCUUUUAGAGGCCACAAUCUCAUUCUUGAGAUACAGGCUACAAUGCCCUCAGACGAGAAGCAUCCUUCUCGUGUGCCAAUGUGGAAGGGUGUGAAAGUCGCCUAUGCAUUUGUUGCUGCCUCCUUAUUCCCUCUUGCAAUAGGAGGCUAUUGGGCAUAUGGUCAGAAGAUCCCAAAGGAAGGGGGCAUGCUAACCGCCUUGUACGCCUACCAUGGUAGAGACACAUCACAAUUUCUCCUAGGAUUAACCAGCUUAUUCGUCAUAAUCAACGCAGUAAGCUCAUUCCAAAUCUAUGGCAUGCCCAUGUUCGAUGACAUGGAGUCCAAAGUCAUCCAGAGGACCAAGAAGCCGUGCCCGUGGUGGCUACGAGCAAUUUUCCGUGCCAUGUUUGGGUACGGAUGCUUCUUUGUGGCAGUGGCCAUCCCAUUUUUGGGAAGCUUGGCUGGUCUGAUCGGUGGGAUAGCAUUGCCGGUGACAUUGGCUUAUCCAUGCUUCAUGUGGCUUAAGGUUAAGAAACCUAAGAUGUAUAGUCCAAUGUGGUGGCUGAAUUGGGUAUUGGGAGUCUCAGGAAUGGCCCUAAGUGGGGUAUUGAUUGCAGCUGGGAUUUAUGUUAUCAUUGAUACAGGAAUUGAGGUCAGCUUCUUCAAACCACAUUAAUUCAAUUGAUGUGUGAGAAAGGUGUGAUCAAUCGGUAAUUACUAUAUUCAUUAUAUGUAAUUUUCAUGUUUCUUUUUCUCAAGAAAAAGUGAAGAAACGCACCUGGUUGUAUUAGAAGGAUACACCUUAACCAUAGACACUACCACAGUUCAAUUUCUUGUAAUGUUAUCCCCCUUGCUCCCAAUUUCCCAAUGUUUAAAAAAAAGAAAAAGUGAAGGAAUGAAGAAAGUGCAAUAUUGAUU